GUUGACACUUGACGCUCUGUCGACGGUAUUCCUUACUUGGAAAACCGAUUUCACCAACUUCGUUAGAGAUCCCUCAAGUCAGACCUUGCAAAGGCCCAUUAUGGAAUUGGCAGAAAACAACCACUUUCGAAAUCAUACAUUGAUCACCACUGACCUUGGGUACUUUGGCAUAGCGCACACAGACACCCAAGUCGGUGAUGUUAUCUGCGUCAUCUUCGGCUGUCUUUCUCCCAUUAUUUUGCGGCCACUGCCCGCGGAAAACGUGUUCCAGGUGGUUGGGAGCUGUUACAUUCACGGAUUCUCCGACGGUGAGGCCAUUCUCGGUCCGGUGCCCGCUCCCUGGAAAGUCGUACUCCGUCUAGCCGAAGAUGAUGAGAUUAAUGGUUACGGCGUUCGAUUCCAAAACACGAUUACCGGAGAAGAAAUCCAACGAGAUCCUCGAAUGGCAAAGCUUCCUUCUGAAUGGGAAAUCGUCCGGGGUUCCGCUGAUAUCAAUGCCAACGACCACGUGUAUCGCAACAAAGUGACAGGCGAGGAAACCAUCUGCGAUCCAAGAAUGACAGUAAAAGCACUGGGAUGUCGCGGAAUAAAAAUUGAGCGGAUCAAACUUAUGUAGGCGUCGCCCCAGGGCUGGGAGAACAUGGGGUCGAUGUACUCUUUAUCCCAGAAUAAUACGUUAC